CGCGCCGGGCCGGAGGAGGGGAGCGGGGGACGCAGCCCUGGACCCGGAGGGCUGCGGCCACCGGAAGAGUCGCGGUCUCCAGUCCAGUCAGGAGAGUGAGGAGCGGAAGCGGCGGCCGCGGCAGCGGCGGGCGGCGCUGGGACCCGGGAGCGGCCGGAGAACAAGGGAGCUGACGCCGCCGGCAGCCGCCGAGCUGGGUUGAGCUGCUGGGCCGCGCCGCGCGCCGCCGCCGUCUGGGAGGCUCGGCCCGGCCGCCCGAGCAGGCCGCGCACGGGCCGUCGGGCCUGAGGCCGGAGCCAUGGGCGAGACCAAGAUCAUCUACCACUUGGACGGGCAGGAGACGCCGUACCUUGUGAAGCUACCCCUGCCCGCCGAGCGCGUCACGUUGGCGGACUUUAAGGGCGUUUUGCAGCGACCCAGCUAUAAGUUCUUCUUCAAGUCUAUGGACGACGAUUUCGGAGUGGUGAAGGAGGAGAUCUCGGAUGACAAUGCCAAGCUACCAUGCUUCAAUGGCCGGGUGGUGUCCUGGCUGGUGUCAGCUGAGGGCUCACACCCGGACCCAGCCCCUUUCUGUGCUGACAACCCAUCGGAGCUGCCACCACCUAUGGAGCGCACGGGAGGCAUAGGGGACUCCCGACCCCCCUCCUUCCACCCUCAUGCUGGUGGGGGCAGCCAGGAGAACCUGGACAAUGACACAGAGACGGACUCCUUGGUGUCUGCCCAGCGAGAGCGGCCACGCCGGAGGGAUGGCCCAGAGCAUGCAACUCGGCUAAAUGGAACUGCGAAGGGGGAGCGGCGGCGAGAACCAGGGGGUUAUGAUAGCUCAUCCACCCUUAUGAGCAGCGAGCUGGAGACCACCAGCUUCUUUGACUCAGAUGAGGAUGACUCCACCAGCAGGUUCAGCAGCUCCACAGAACAGAGCAGCGCCUCACGCCUGAUGAGAAGACACAAACGGCGGCGGCGGAAGCAGAAGGUUUCUCGGAUUGAGCGGUCCUCGUCCUUCAGCAGCAUCACGGACUCCACCAUGUCACUCAACAUCAUCACGGUCACUCUCAACAUGGAAAAAUAUAACUUCUUGGGCAUCUCCAUUGUGGGCCAAAGCAACGAGCGUGGUGACGGUGGCAUCUACAUUGGCUCUAUCAUGAAGGGUGGGGCCGUGGCUGCUGAUGGACGCAUCGAGCCAGGAGAUAUGCUGUUACAGGUAAACGAGAUCAACUUUGAGAACAUGAGUAAUGACGAUGCAGUCCGGGUACUGCGGGAGAUUGUGCACAAACCGGGGCCCAUCACCCUGACUGUAGCCAAGUGCUGGGACCCAAGUCCACGUGGUUGCUUCACAUUGCCCAGGAGCGAGCCCAUCCGGCCCAUUGACCCUGCGGCCUGGGUCUCCCACACUGCAGCCAUGACCGGCACCUUCCCUGCAUACGGCAUGAGCCCCUCCCUGAGCACCAUCACCUCCACCAGCUCCUCCAUCACCAGUUCCAUCCCUGACACAGAGCGCCUAGACGACUUCCACUUGUCCAUCCACAGUGACAUGGCUGCCAUCGUAAAAGCCAUGGCCUCCCCUGAAUCAGGGUUGGAGGUCCGUGACCGCAUGUGGCUCAAGAUUACCAUCCCUAAUGCUUUCAUCGGCUCAGAUGUAGUGGACUGGCUGUACCACAAUGUGGAAGGCUUCACGGACCGGAGGGAGGCCCGCAAGUAUGCCAGCAACCUGCUGAAAGCUGGCUUCAUCCGCCAUACCGUCAACAAGAUCACCUUCUCCGAGCAGUGCUACUACAUCUUCGGCGACCUCUGCGGCAACAUGGCCAACCUGUCUCUCCACGAUCACGAUGGCUCCAGUGGCGCCUCUGACCAGGACACACUGGCCCCUUUGCCGCACCCGGGGGCCGCCCCUUGGCCCAUGGCUUUCCCGUACCAGUACCCGCCACCCCCGCACCCCUACAACCCGCACCCGGGCUUCCCGGAGCUGGGCUACAGCUACGGCGGGGGCAGCGCCAGCAGUCAGCACAGCGAAGGCAGUCGGAGCAGUGGCUCCAACCGUAGCGGCAGCGAUCGGAGGAAGGAGAAAGACCCGAAGGCCGGGGACUCCAAGUCGGGGGGCAGCGGCAGCGAAUCGGACCACACGACACGCAGCAGCCUGCGGGGGCCGCGGGAGCGGGCGCCCAGCGAGCGCUCAGGCCCGGCGGCCAGCGAGCACAGCCACCGCAGCCACCAUUCACUGGCCAGCAGCCUUCGCAGCCACCACACACACCCGAGCUACGGUCCUCCCGGAGUGCCCCCUCUCUACGGCCCCCCUAUGCUGAUGAUGCCCCCGCCGCCCGCGGCCAUGGGGCCCCCAGGAGCCCCUCCGGGCCGCGACCUGGCCUCAGUGCCCCCGGAACUGACCGCCAGCAGACAGUCCUUCCGCAUGGCCAUGGGAAACCCCACCAAGAAUUUCGGGCUGUUUGACUUUCUGUGAGCCCCCAGCGCGGGGAGGCCCAACCUCCGAGGAGACCAGGAACCCUGCUUCAGCAGCCCCUCAGGGCUUCCUAAGGAUGUCCAACCCCCACACCCACACGUUAACAUAUUGAGUCACUAGGCUUCUGGGGAGGGCCCAGCUUCACCCAUGCAUGAGAGACUCUCCUCUUUUCCAGAGAGAAUCGGACUGCACCACAUGUGGCAGCCUGCAGGGGGGUGGGGUGCGAGUUGGGGGGGUGCCUCUUUAGCUCUUUAUCUUUCUCACUCAUGCAUGCAUACACGCACAGAGACGCAAGCACAGGUGCCUAUGCAAGUUCACUAAAGCCUCAGGGCUGGUCCCUGCCCAAAGGGCUGGACCCUCCCAAUCCUCUCCUAGGUUGUGGGGCUGGUCCCCUGACACCCUUCUCCCCAUCCUGGUAGCCCUCAAACCUCGCACACAUGUCCCCGGCAUUUUCUCACCUGGAUAAAGCCUGUAAGCUGGGUCUCGGGCUGGGCUCAGCAGAGGACUCGCCCUGCGCUGACAGACGAUUCCCACCCACACACACAACCUCCCCCGUUUUCACAUUCACCAUGACACCCCAGAGCAAGGACACAGGAGCCCACAGGCCAGUUGAGGUUGGGCAAGGAGACUACCAGGACUUCCAGACAGAGUACCAGGUUUUAUUUUUCACCUUAUUCUCCACUUUAAACAAAUCAUGACUUUCUCUUUAAGCCUCUGCUAUAAAUUCUCCUGGCUGUCCUGGGCUUCCAUAUUUUGGGGGCUGGGGUGUCAAAAGUGAGAUGAAGUCCUUAGCUCCAGGUUUUGGGAUAAACCAAGGUAGGGACAUUUUGGCAUUUAUUUCAAUUAACAGUACUUCCUUGGACGGUUGCGGUGGCUCACGUAUGUAAUCCCAGCACUUUGGGAAGCUGAGGCAGGUGGAUCACUUGAGGUCAGGAGUUCGAGACCAGCCUGGCCAACAUAGCGAAACCCCAUCUUGACUAAAAAUACAAAAAUUAGAUGGGUGUUUUGGCACCUGCCUGUAAUCUCAGCUACUCAGGAGGCUGAGGCACAAGAAUCGCUUGAAUCCAGGAAGCAAGUGGAGGUUGCAGUGAAUUGAGAUCGCACUCCAGCCUGGGUGACAGAGUGAGAUUCUGUAUCAAAAGCAAACAAACAAAAACAAUACUUCCUGGGAUUCUGGUGCACAGAGAGCUUUGUUGGAAGUGUAACUCAGUCUUGCCUACCUUUCUGGGAGCUCUAGAAUUGUUCCCAACCCAGUCCGUGGCUUCUAGCCACCCACCAGUUUCAUGUACUUUUCUCUCUGACUCUGUCUUGUCCAACUCUCUUGAGAAUUUCUCCACGAUUGCUCGUGCCUGUCAGUAUCAGUGCUUCCAUCGUUCCGUCUUUGAUUCACUUCUCUUUCCUUUCUGUUUACUCCCAAAAUGGAGUCAUUCAUCCUGAUGUCCUCAAUUGCUGCUGAUACGCUGGUGAUUCCCAAAUACAUAGCUCCAACCUCAACUUCCCCCAGACUUUAGAUCUGUAUUGGUAUUACCUAGUGGACAUUUCUAUGGACAGUUCAUAUAGACUCAACUCAUCUGCCGAACCAAGUAUGUUCCUCCUGAAUUCCUAUCCUGAUUACCUUCAUCACAAUCUACAUAGGCCCACCAGCUAGAAACAUUUAUGAGCUUACAUUCCUUCUUCCCAUGUCUUACUCAUCAGCAUAUCAUAUUCAUUUCACUCCAACAAUCUGUCUUGAAUGUGGCCCUCCCUCUCCCCUCUCUCUUUAAUUCAUUAGAGCAUGGGAUUUGGAGUCAGGUGGUUUUGGGUUUGAAUUCCAGCUCUACUAUUUUUGGUUGUGUGAUAGGAGAGUUAUUUAACCUCUCUGAGCCUCAGUUCCCUCGUAUGUAAAAUGAUGAUAAUAAUACCUACCUCACAGGGUUGUUGUGAGGAUUUAAAUUAGAUAUUGUACGAAAAGUGCCUAGCACAGUGCCU